AUGGCCUCCGUCUCCAGUCUGGACCAGGACAUGCGUAACCUUCGCAUGUCCCGCUACACCCCUCAGGCCGCGAAGGAAGUACGAACAUGGAUCGAAGAGACACUGGGCGAACAGCUGCCACCGGGCGACCUACUGGAAGUACUGAAAGAUGGUGUGGCGCUCUGCAAGCUAGCAAACAUGGCAUUACCGCCACCGGGUGUCAAGUUCAAGAGCAGCCAGAUGCCUUUCAUCCAGAUGGAGAAUAUCAGCCACUUCCUGCGCGCUUGUGAGGCUCCAUCAUUGAGCCUGCCGGCUCACGAUCGCUUCUUGACUGUGGAUCUUUACGAAGCCAAGGACCCUGCACAGGUCCUACAGUGUCUGGGCGCAUUCAGUAGAAAGGCCAAUGCGGCGAACCCGUCACGUUUCAGGUCGACGAUCGGUCCGAAAAAGUCUGCUGGUGUAGUAUCACCGAGUAGUACGGGCGGAGGAGGCACGAUAAGCGGCAGCAGCUGGAGGUCCAGUACCUACGGUCGUGCGCCCAGUCCAACCAAGCCAUCAGCAGCCAUGCCAUCCGCCUCUCGUGCUCUGAGCCCGUCUCUGACUGGUGGCUCCAAUGGGUCUCAAGGUAGUACAAAGUCUCCUGGACCGACCAGUAGCUGGAGCAGCAGAAAGGACGAAGGUGUGACGUCGCCUGCCUGGAACAUACACCAGUACGGGUACAUGGGUGGCGCGUCACAGGGCAACCAGGGCAUUAGCUUCGGCGCCAGGCGACAGAUUACUAGUCAGUCUCCGAGUGUGCCGAGCAUGGCAGAGAAGGAGCGAAAGCGGAGGGAGAAGGCAGAAGAGGACGAAAGACUGCGACAGCAAGUUGAAGAGGCCGAGCAUAAGCGACGGAAGGAACGUGAAGCCGAGGAGGAGCAAGAUCGUGUUAACGAAGAACGACGGUGGGAGGAAGAGACGCGUCGACUGCGCGACGAGGAACGCAGACGAGUAGACGAACAGAAGCGGCAGUGGGAGGCGCAAGAUCGCAAAUGGAAGGAGGAAGAAGAAGCAAGACGGAAGGAAGACGCAGACAUGAAGGCGAAACUUGCACCAAAAAAGCCGCCAGAGAGACCGCGGGUCAGCAGCUCCAGCAUCCUGAGAGGGCAGAGCCUGGCACAGUAUCAACGCGAACAGGCCGCACUUGCGUCGGACGAUGGUAGCGUAGCAGACGAGACUCCGGAACAGCGUCGUGUUCGCGAGCUUGAACAGCAGCUCGAAGAAGCGCGCGAGCGAGAGCGACAGUAUCAAGUAGAACGUGAGGAGAGACUGCGGAAUGGUAGUCGACCAAGCACAGCAAGGACAGAAACUCCACGGCCAGAGAGUGCUCGGGAUAGCGAAAAGAGCUUCGUUAGUGACGAGCGUGACUAUCUACGUCAACAAUGGCAGAGUGGUCAGAACGGCGCUUCAGCCAAGCCUGGUCCGGCUACUUCUGGCGCUCAAAGGCCGCUGCCGUCGCAGCCAAGCGAACCACAGUCUUUGCCCUUAAAGGCACUUCCGCAACCAAAUGCGCAGGACGAAGUUAAAGAGGACAUGGCCGAGCAGGCGUUUCCACCACGCUCAACUGGCAUACAACAAGCUGAUUCCGUCUCUUCCAUCGCACAGCUAAACCCGGACUCAGCACCUACAUCAUCACCACUUGGAAGCAGCAACAGACCUCUCCCAACACCAGAGAAAGAGUUCACAGCAUACAGUCCCCAGCAACCUCGCUCCUCGAACCGCACCGACCAAUACUUAUCCAUGCACACCCCACCCUCUAACCCGCGCCCCCGAGUCUCAAGCAGCCAAGAAGCAGGCGAUACCUCCCUCGAGCAAGCCACCGACCGCGAUCGCCGUAUCGCGUCCCAAACGAAAACCAAAGCCGGCGGCUGGGCAAGUAAAUCGCUUCUCGAGCGGGAGAUGGAGCGGGAGAGGGAAAGACAGCGCGAGUGGGAAGCUAAUCAAGAAGUCGUGAAAGCCGCGCCUAGAGAUCCGCAUGCUGGAACGGGAGAGGGUCAAAGCUGGGAUGUGAAUCAAUACGGGUACACAGGUGGGGAUGGCAUGAACAAGGGGAGUUCGACGGGCAGUGGUAUCAAUUUUGGUGGGAGGAGGCAGAUUAUUGGGCCUAGGCCGCAGAAAUAG